ACUUGUAAUAGUAGUAGUAGUAUAGUGAAGGUACGAAAAAUUAGUUUACUUGUUGACGGAAUUAGGCAGAAGUGGACUGUGAAAACAAUGGCUCCAUUGAAUUUGGCAGAUGAUCAACGCUUCGCUCUGAUGAAGCCGGUUCAAAUAAACUUUCCAAGUAAAAAAUAUCGCCUGAAGGAUGAGGAUAAAUAACCACAAGAGAAUAUCUACAUGAUGCUAUUUAUAUGCGGCCGCCAUAUAGUUUAGACGUAGCGUGCACGAGAUUCUGGAACCACAUCAUGAUGAUCAUUUUUUAGUUCGUUGGCUCAGAGCCAGGAAGUGGGAUGCCGCGGCCGCUGAAAAAAUGCUCAGAGACUCCUUGGAGUGGAGGAAACAGUGGGAAGUUGAUAAACUGGACGAAUGGGAUCCACCACAAAUCCUCAAGGAUCAUUUACCGCAUGGACUCAGUGGCUUCGAUAAGGAUGGAGCGCCAGUUGUCAUAACUCCUUUCGCUGGUUUGGAUAUGUAUGGUAUCCUUCAUGUGGUCUCUCGAAGAGAUAUGAUUUGCAUUACUAUUCAACAACUUGAACGUUAUUUAAAAAUCUGUGAGGAACAGGCCAAGAAACAUGGAGAAGCAGCUAGACAGAUCACAGUCAUCUUUGAUAUGGAGGGAUUUAAUCUUAGACAGUAUAUGUGGCGACCAGCUGGCGAAGUUGUUAUUGCACUUAUUCAAAUGUAUGAGGCUAAUUACCCGGAAAUCUUAAAAACAUGCUUUAUCAUAAACGCUCCAAAAGUAUUUGCUUUGGCUUUUUCCGUUGCUAAAAAAUUCAUGAACGAGUACACUUUGUCAAAAAUUCAAAUAUACAAGGCUGAUCCAUCCAGAUGGAAACAUGCAUUAUUAGAAGUCAUUCCAGAAGAUCAAAUACCGGUACACUUUGGUGGUACUCUUACUGAUCCUGAUGGAAAUCCACGGCUCACGACCAAGAUUUGUCAAGGUGGUAAAGUACCGAAGGAUCUUUAUAUAAAUAAAGCAGAGAAGGAUAAAUCGAAUGAAGAUUUUACCACAGUUACUGUGCGCAAAGGAGAUAAACUCAAAUUAGAUUUUAAACCAGCUCAACUGGGAUCAUUGUUGAGUUGGGAAUUCAGAACUGAAGAUCAUGAUAUUAAAUUUGGAAUUUUGAGGAAAACCCAUGAUGGCGGACAAACGGAAAUUGUACCGAUUCAUAGAGUGGCUGCACAUCAACUGGAUGAGAUCGGUAUUCUUACCUGUGAAGUGCCAGCUACUUAUUCCGUUGUGUUCGACAACAGCUAUAGUCUUUUACGGAAUAAGAAAAUACAUUAUUCCAUACACAUUUUACCGCCGAACGAGGGAUUAGAUGAUCUUGCUCUUAAAAACUCGUAAAAAUGUGCUAAAUAAUUCGAGUAAACGGAACACUAAUGGAGUGAAAAUGUUGUUACUGUACUUAAGGCAUGAGAAUGUACGCAACGCAACAAGUUUAAAUGGAGUUGGAUAAAUCUCUGUAGUCCAACGUCUGAUAAUCAAAGUUGUACUACGUACUAUGCAUAUAGUUAUUUCUUUUAUUGAAUUAAGGUAUGGGUGUAGUCAUUAUUGCCCUGGUUAGAAUUAUGGAAGGUUCUAUGAAUCAUAUAUUAUUUAAGGAUCUUAUAGAAAAAAUCAAUUUUUUAUUAAGUAAAAAUGUAUGUGUUAAAUACAGCCUUACGAAUCAGUUAUAAAUGUUCAAUAUAUAAUCACUUGAGCUUAUAAGAUUU